CRGGAAGCCUGAGUGUGUAGAACAUGGUAGCGAGGCUGCCGCSGCUGCAUAUGGAGACCUGGGUCGAAUGUUCUUUCUCUCUCUCUGCUAAGACUUCCACCAGGCAAGAUGGUGCGAGUAAACGUCUUAAACGACGCGCUCAAUUCAAUCUGUAAUGCUGAGAAACGUGGAAAAAGACAAGUUCUUAUCAGGCCUAACUCCAAGGUCGUCGUCAAGUUCUUAASUGUGAUGAUGAAACAUGGUUACAUUGGAGAAUUUGAAAUCGUUGAUGAUCACCGUGCAGGCAAGAUUGUUGUCAACCUCAAUGGAAGACUUAACAAGUGUGGCGUUAUCAGCCCUCGAUUUGAUGUUGGUGUCCGUGAAAUUGAACACUGGGCCAGCAAUCUCCUACCAUCUAGACAGUUUGGUUACUUAGUUUUAACUACAUCGACUGGAAUUAUGGACCACGAGGAAGCCAGACGAAAGCAUACUGGUGGAAAGAUUUUGGGUUUCUUCUAUUGAAGAAUGUAAAGAAAAUAAAAUACACCUGAAAAAAAA